CAGAGGCCGCCCCGUCGCCGCCGGCACGAUGCUGUCCCCUCAGAGGGCUUUACUCUGCAACCUCAACCACAUCCACCUCCAGCACGUCUCCCUGGGCCUGCACCUGUCCCGCCGUCCGGAGCUGCGGGAGGGGCCCUUGAGCACACCCCCUCCCCCCGGGGACACCGGGGGCAAGGAGAGCCGGGGGCCCUGCAGCGGGGCCCUGGUGGACGCCAAUUCCAACAGCCCAGCGGUGCCCUGCCGAUGCUGCCAGGAGCACGGGCCGGGCUUGGAAAACCGGCAGGACCCGGCCCGGGAGGAAGAGGGGGCCGCCUCCCCCUCGGACCCGGGCUGCUCCUCCUCUCUCAGCUCCUGCUCAGAUCUUAGUCCCGACGAGUCCCCCAUCUCGGUGUACUCGCGGGGCCUCCCGGGCGACGAGGAUGUCCACCCUCAGCCCAGCAUCGUCCCCCUGGAGCAGGGCUCCCCGCUGGGCUCCGUCGGCCCCGGAGCCUGCUCUCCGGACAGCUUCUGCUGCUCGCCCGAUUCCUGCUCGGGAGCUUCCUCCCCACCCGGCCCCGGCUUGGACUCCAACUGCAACGCCCUGACCACCUGCCAGGAGCCCCCUUCCCCAGGCCCGGAGGAGGAGGACGACGGUGGGGAGCUGGACCUCCCUGCCUCCGAGCUCCCGGAGGCGGAUGACGACGGGAAAGCCGACGCUGGGAAAACCGAGCCCAGCUGGAAGAUCAACCCCAUUUGGAAGAUCGACACGGAGGCGCCGGGCGCGGGCUGGAAAGCCGCGGAGAGCAGUGACUCCGGCUGCAGCGUCGCUGGGGACUCGCGACCCGCAAAACUCGACUCGGGGUGGGCAGGCCGCACGGCCGUGACGGAUGGCAGCUCCAGGACCGACGCGGGGUGGCGGAGUGACGUCAGCGAGGAGCCGGCGACCCACCGGACAAUCACGUCCUUCCACGAGCUGGCCCAGAAGCGCAGGCGAGGCCCGGGGCUGCCCCUGGCGCCGCAGGUCAAGAAAGACCGCAGCGACUGGCUCAUCGUCUUCUCGCCCGACAGCGAGCUGCCCCCCAGCGGCUCGCUCGGCGGAUGCCCCGCGCCGCCCCGGGAAGUCACCACCUUCAAGGAGCUCCGCUCCCGCAGCCGGGCCCCGCCCCCGCCGGUGCCGCCCCGGGACCCCCCGGCCGGCUGGGCCUUGGUGCCGCCCCGGCCCCCGCCCCCGCCCGUGCCGCCGCGGAGGAGGAAGAACCGUCCGGGGCUGCAGCCCAUCGCCGAGCGGCCGCCCGAGGAGGGCAGGGCGGGAAGCCCCGCGGCUGGCCAGGAGGCCCCCGCCGCCCGGGAGCCGGAGGAGCCGGGCGCGCAGGCCGGCCGUGCGGCCGGCCUCCCCCCGCCGCCCCCCGCCCCGCGGUCCGCGGCCGCCGCGCGCCCCCUGCUGGAGGGCGCGGGCGCGGCGGGGACCCCGCUCCCGGCGCUUCCCGCCGGCCCGCCCCGCGCGGAGCUGCGUCUGCUGGGCGCGCCGAGGCCCCCGCAGAAGCAGCUGCUGCCCGUCCGCCUGUCCCCCGUGGGCGCCCACUCGCCUCCGGCUCGGGGGGCCCUGCCCUGCCUGGCCAGCCCCGAGCUGGCACUGCUGCUGUCCCCGCUCUUUCCCAGAAGCAGCACCUUCCCCGCCGUGGCCCCCCCGCCCUGCCAGGUGCCCGCCCCCCCGCUGCCAGCGCCGCCGCGCCCGCCGAAGGCCCCCCGCCGGACCAGGAGCCCGCCGCCUCCGCCCAGGCUACCCCGGAGUUCCUGGUCGUUCGCCGGCGCCCCCGGGGCCCAGCGACGGUGGAUGGCAGAAGCCCAGAGCGGGACUGGCCAGCUGCAGGAGCAGAAGAAAGGGCUCCUGAUAGCCGUGAGCGCCUCGGUGGACAAGAUCAUCUCGCACUUCGGGGCCGCCCGGAACUUGGUUCAGAAGGCCCAGUUGGGGGAUAGCCGGCUGAGCCCGGACGUGGGUCACCUGGUGCUGACCACCCUCUGUCCGGCCCUGCACGCCCUGGUGGCCGACGGGCUGAAGCCCUUCCGGAAGGACCUCAUCACCGGGCAGCGCAGGAGCAGCCCCUGGAGCGUGGUGGAGGCGUCGGUGAAGCCAGGCGCCAGCAGCCGCGCGCUGGGGACCCUGUACAGCCAGGUCAGCCGCCUGGCCCCGCUGAGCAGCAGCCGCAGCCGCUUUCACGCCUUCAUCCUGGGCCUCCUCAACACUAAGCAGUUGGAGCUGUGGUUUUCCAGCCUCCAGGAAGAUGCAGGCCUGCUGUCCCUCCUGUACCUGCCCACCGGAUUCUUGUCCUUGGCUCGGGGAGGCUGCCCCGCCCUGUCCACGGAGCUGCUGCUCCUGCUGCAGCCGCUCUCCGUGCUCACCUUCCACCUGGACCUGCUCUUCGAGCACCACCACCACCUGCCCCUGGGCCCGCCCCCGGCCGCGGAGGCGCCGGGCUCGCCCCCGGCCCUGCAGCAGACGGUGCACGCCGUGCUGCACUGGGGGGGACGGCUGGCCCAGAGCCUUCGGGGGGCCGCGGGGGAGGCACCUCCCGGCGCUCGGGCUCCCGCGGGCGCCCCCACAUCAGGCAGCUGGUGGGAGCAGCUGACCCAGGCCUCUCGCGUCUAUGCCUCGGGGGGCAGCGAGGGCUUCCCUCUGCCCCGGUGGAGGUCGUGGCGCUCCGGGCCGGCGGCCGGAGGCCCGCAGGCGAGGCCAGUGCCCACGGAGGACGCGGCGCCCGGCCGAGGCCUGUGGCUGGGAAGGCUGUUCGGCGUGCCUGGGAGCCUGGCGGAAACGGACGGAGGACCCGUGAAGUCCAGGAGACCGUCCAGCUGGCUGCCCCCGACCGUGAGCGUGUUGGCUCUGGUGAAGCGGGGCGCCCCUCCCGAGCCGCUGUCGCCUCCCGAGGAGCUCGAGGCCUCGGCCGCCAGCGUCGUGCAGACCCACAGGGCGGUGCGCGCGCUCUGUGACCACGCGGCCGCGGGACCGGACCAGCUCAGCUUCCGGCGCGGGGAGGUGCUGCGAGUGGUGGCCACGGUGGACGAGGACUGGCUCCGCUGCGGGCGGGACGGCGCCGAGGGGCUGGUGCCCGUGGGGUACACGUCUCUCGUCCUCUAGGCCGAGCCCCUGGCCCGUCCGCCUCUCCCUCCUGUGCCCCGGGAACCGACCGCCCACGGACCUGUGCACCCCGGUGGCAGCGGAAUGAGUCCCCCCGCCACGGCCAGCUCUGCGGGGGCGACAUCAGUCUCCCUCUCCCUCUCGUGCCACGUGUGAGUGAACUCUGCUCUCCUGGACACGUGAGAAGGAGUUUCUCUGCGUCUCUCCUCUUUCCCUCCUGCACAAGGAAAUGUCUCCCUUCCCGCCUGCACCGUGGAAACCGCGCCCCUGCCCCGUUCCUCUGCGAGUGGACUGCGCCAGUGCCACCUGCGCCUCUGCCCCAGACAGGAAGGUUCUCGAGUGUCCUUCCUGCGUGCGGAUACCCCCACGCGCCGCCCACCUCGCCUGUAUUUAUCCUGUGCUUCAGCUGUGCCAGGUGCUGAAGUGCGGCCCCCCCACGGUGGCCGGGGCUGUGGUGUUGGUCUGCCCCCUCCUUUGUCCCAAUAAAGUGUGGGAGAAGAA